AUGUAACAGGAUCAGAAUCAAGGAAUGGAACAUCAAAUUGCUGAUAAAGAAAUGACUAUAUAAGAAUAGCUAUUAGAGCAAUAGAAAAAAUUUAGAAACUUAGAAUCUGAUAGAAAAGCAUAUGCUGAAGAAACUGUUGCAAAUAUUAAUAAAUAAAGAGGAAUUAUUGAUAAACUUAAGAAAGAAAAUUAGAUUCUUAAGGAUUUAAUAGCUAAAAUGAAUUCUUAAAAGUCAUAACUUAAUUAAACUACCUAUUCAAAAGGACCUAAUAUUGACACAAUAAUUGAUGAUUUGAAAGUUGCUAUUAAUGAAGAAAAAAAAGUAUAAGAAGAUAUUGAUACACAUGUUGCAGAUUUUUAAAAAAAGAUUAUAGAAAAAAGACAUGCUUUAGGUGGAUAUAAUGCUGGUGCUGAAAAUGAAAGUGCAUUAUAAAAAUAAAUCAAAAUUUUAGAAAAUAGGUUAGAUAAAACAAAUUAAAAAUUUAAUGAAGCUAUUGCAAUAAAUAAAUAGUUAAGAUAAUAAAUUGAUAGUCUACGUAGAGAAAGAGUUAUUUUUGACAAUCUAUAUAAAAAAUUGGAGAAAGAAUUACAUGAGAAAAGAAAAGUAAUUUAUAAUGAAAUACAUUAUUUUAGGAAAUGGCAGAUAUUAUUGAAACUGCUAAUACAGCAUAUGAGGAGAGGGAUAAGGCUAAUGAUUUAAUUUAAAGUUUAAAAUAAUAAGCAAAAAGAGAAUCUGCCGAUUUUGAAAAAGACCUUAGAGAAUUGAGUUAAAUUAUGGAAAAAAAUAAAAAAACUUUAGAUUAUAUGAAAUUAACAGAAAAGAAUAGAGAAAUGGAUGCAUAAGAAGUUGUUGAUGCUGAUAAAUUUACUAAACCAAAAACUAAUAAACUCAUUAGAGAUAAAAAUGUAAAUUAAACUAUGGUUGAAUUAAUCAUGAAAUAUGAAGAAGAUUUUGCUAAAAUUUAAGCAGCUACUCAAAUCAAAUAAUUUGAUGAUAUUAUCAAAUUCUUUAUUUAAAAUGAAGAAAAAGUAAAAUAUUUCUACAAUUAUCACUAGAAUUUUUAAAUGUUUAAAUAUGUGAAUGAACUAAGUAAUGAAAUUGAAGAUUUAGAAAAAUAAAUAGGAGAAUUAAAGGAAGAAGCAUCUUUAUAUGAAGGUUAAGGUUCAAAUGUAGAUGUUUAAAGAAAAAGACAUCUCAAAGAUUUAGAAGAAAAAUUAUCAAGAUCAGAAUAAAAAUCAGAAUAAUACGAAUUUAAAUAUAAUGAAUCUAUCAAACUAAUCAAUAGUCUAACAGUAUAUUUUAUUUAAUAUUUUAUAGAAUUGGAUAGAAACUCUAUUCAAUACAGUAGAAUGUGAUAAAUAAAUGGCAACUGAGAUAGCUGGAUCACAUGGAGUAACGGAUACAAAUAUGAUGAUUUAUUUAGGAUUAAUUGAAAAUAAAACAAACAAAUUAUUGCAAUACUAUCAAUAAAUUCAUUAGAAAAUAUCAGAAAACUAAAUCAAUUCAUUACAACAAUUAGCUUAAUUGAAUGAAAAAAAUCUAUAAAAUAAAAAUAGAGCAGAAUUGCCAUAAUUUGGUAAUUGAAUAAAAUUAUUUUAGAUGAACAUGAAGAUGAUGAUAUAGAAGGAGAUAAAAUAUUAUCAAUUGAAGAAUUUAAGAAAAAAGCACUUGAAAAACUGGAAGUAUUUAUUUAAGUUCUAUUUAGAAAUAAUAAAAUUAAACCAAAAAUAAAAGGGCUGGACCUAAUAAAUUAAGAAAAAAUAAAUGA